AUGACUACCGUUCGUGCUUUUCUCGCAAUAGCGGCUUGCAAAAACUGGGAAAUACAUCAAAUGGAUGUGCAAAAUGCCUUUUUGCAUGGUGACCUAGCAGAGGAAGUUUACAUGAAGUUUCCCCCCGGGUUUGAAAGUUCAGAUCCGUCUUUGGUGUGUAGGUUACGCAAGUCAUUGUAUGGCUUGAAACAAGCACCUCGGUGUUGGUAUGCAAAGUUGACAACGGCUCUAAAACGGUAUGGAUUUAUCCAAUCCUAUUCAGAUUACUCUUUAUUUACAUAUACUAAUGGCAAUACUCAAAUUAAUGUCUUAGUUUAUGUGGAUGAUCUUAUUAUUUCUGGGAAUGAUUCCGCUGCACUUAAGGCUUUCAAAGCAUAUCUUAGUGAUUGUUUUAAAAUGAAAGAUCUUGGUUCCCUUAAAUAUUUUUUAGGCAUUGAGGUGGCUCGUAGUCCGUCCGGAUUAUUUUUGUGUCAAAGAAAGUAUACUCUGGAUAUUAUCUCUGAAACAGGUUUAUUGGGUGCAAAGCCGAGUGGGUUUCCCAUGGAACAAAAUCACAGACUCGCUCGUGCUAAUGGCGAAUUUCUUCAGUAUCCAGAAGCUUAUCGUCGUCUUGUGGGACGGCUAAUAUAUCUCGGGGUCACUAGACCGGAUCUAGCCUACUCAGUUCACAUUUUGUCACAAUUCAUGCAAGCACCUCGCAUAGAACAUUGGGAGGCGGCCUUGAGAGUUGUUAGUGAGUCAGCAUUGCAUAUUGCGAGGAACCCUGUGUUUCAUGAGCGUACGAAACACAUAGAGGUUGAUUGUCAUUUUGUUCGCGAUGCCAUCACUGAAGGAUUAAUUUCUCCGUCACAUGUGUCCACUAAAGAUCAAUUAGCGGAUAUAUUCACAAAGGCACUCGGAAAGGCGCAGUUUGAUAAACUUCUUUCCAAGUUGGUUCGCCUCCUCCGAUCUUUUGCUAGGAAAAACAAUGAAAAGAAACUGCCACCAGGGCCACCGCCUCUACCCAUCUCCGGGGACCUCUUUAGCCUCGGCUCCAUGCCACAUGUCUCCUUGACAAAACUUGCCAAAGAAUAUGGCCCAUUGAUGAUGCUGCAGCUCGGCCAAGUGCCUACAGUGAUCAUUUCUUCAGCUGCCGUGGCAAAAGAGGCCCUUCAAAAGAAUGAUGUGUGCUUCUCCAGCCGCCAUAUUCUUGAUGCUGUUCGUGCACUCAAACACCAUGAAAAUUCAGUGGCUUGGUUGCCAGCAGGUUCAGCAUCAUCUGAAUGGAGAAAUUUACGAAAAAUCUGUAAUUCCCAUGUUUUCUCUGCCAGCAGACUGGGUGCUAGCCAAAGCCUUCGAAGAAAUAAGAUCAAUGAUCUUAUUUUCUAUGUUGAGAAGAGCAGCGAUGAUGGUACAGCAGUAAACAUCGGCCAAGCAGCAUUCACUACUACCCUCAAUUUGCUGUCAAAUACUUUUUUUUCAGUUGAUAUGGGUGAUCCCAAUUCUGAAAUUGCUCGUGAAUUUCGAGAGACAAUACGAGGCCUGAUGGAAGAAGUUGGGAAACCCAACUUUGCAGACUAUUUUCCCUUCCUGCAAAAGAUUGACCUACAGGGCAUCAGACAACGUACAAGUGUUCACUUUGGAAAGCUGAUAGAUUUUUUCAAGAUUAUGAUCAACCAAAGGUUGCAAGGGGAAAGGCCGUCAGGAUCAAUUGAAGGCAACGAUGUUUUAGACGCACUGUUAGGCAUUAAUCAUGAGAAAAAUGAGAAAAUUGAACUUUCAAUCAUACCUUAUCUUCUACUGGACUUAUUUUCAGCAGGAACUGACACAACAUCAACCACCCUAGAAUGGGCAAUGGCAGAAUUGUUGCACAACCCAGGAAAGCUGAAGAAAGCACAAAUGGAGCUCCAAGAAAUCAUUGGAAAGGGAAAUUCAUUAGCAGAAACUGACACUCCUCGGCUUCCAUACUUGCAGGCCAUUGUCAAGGAAACCUUGAGAAUGCACCCACCAGUGCCACUUCUGCUGCCUAAAAAAGCCGAUGCAGAUGUGCAGCUCUUCGGCUUUAAUGUCCCCAAAAAUGCACAAGUACUGAUAAAUGCAUGGGCCAUUGGGAGAGAUCCAACCUUGUGGGAAAAUCCCACUUUAUUUGAGCCAGAGCGAUUUAUGGGAUCAAAUAUUGAUUUCAAGGGCCAUGAUUUUGAGCUGAUUCCAUUUGGUGCUGGCCGUCGUAUCUGUCCUGGGUUGCCAUUGGCUAAUAGGAUGAUCCCUUUGAUGCUGGGAUCACUAAUUCAUGGUUUUGAUUGGAAGCUAGAAAAUGGGAUUUCACCAGAUGAGAUGGAUAUGGAGGAGUCAUUUGGGCUCACCGUGGAGAAAGCUCAGCGACUUUGUGCCAUUCCAGUUCGUAUCUGAAUUGUAACCCUACAAACCUACAAUCACACUUAUCAAAGAAUUGAGCAAAAAAAUAGAGAUGUUGAAGCAAUAGCUCUUCUUAAAGCAUUGUCACACAGUUCUCAACUAUACUAAUAUACUUCGUAGACUUUCGUUGUACCCUACAGUAAGCGUGCUUAGCCUGAAGACUUUUAUAUAGUAAGCUCAAACCACUCUGUAUAUAAUGAAAUUUGCAUUUUGUUCUGACACUACAAAAGAAUGAUAUUUGAAAAUAAGGGAUCUUGGGAUCCCCGACAUGUAAUCCUAUUUUAUGAUGUAUCAAAUUGAGGGAGAACAUGCUUAGCCAAGAGAAAGAGAAAUAAACCUACAAAAUCAAUAAAGACAAA